UGUCCAUACCAGGCAUCAGGGAGUUGGUGGAGACGGUGCUGGCUCAGAGGGCAAGGACCUGCGUCCAGGGAUCUCCAAAUCUCCAAAAGAUGUGUGACCAACCAAAAUGCAACCCAUGCUGCCCACAAAAAUGUGUUCAAUGCUGCCAGGCAAAAUGCCCUCAAUGCAUCCAAAAAAAAUGUAAUCUGUGCUGCCAGCCAAAACCCCCAUGUUGCACUCAGGACAAGUGCUGCUGUUCGGAGGCCAAGCCCGAGUGCACGCCCUCUGACAAGGAGUCUGAGCCCAACUCACCCCAAACCCAGGACAAGGGCUUUCCAAGCCAACAGCAGCCCCAAAGUCCAAAAACUGGUGGGGGGCAGAAGAAGCCAAACAAGUAGAUUGUCUCUGGAGCCAUGUCCCCCACUUUUUAGGGUAGGAGAUCACUAAGGGUCUAGCUCAGUAUGUUUAGGAAAGCUGCUUUCCCAUUGACCCCAUUUCCACCCAACUAGAGACCCUGAUUCUUUUCAUAGCCACCGACCCCAGGGAGACCUCCAUCUGGAAAUGUAAGGUUGAAAAAGCAGGAAUCAUCUUCCCUAGUGAUCCUAACAUUUAGACAUCACAGAAAUAAAGAGCAAUGAAAAAAGAA